AUGUCCGGCCGAGAUGAACCACGACCAGCAGAAGCAGCGGAGCCAGAAGCGUCCCCAACACCCCAAGCAACGCUCGACCACUUCCACUCCAUCUCCUGGGUCGCAUCCCGUCUCUCGGACCAAGCAUUCCGCCCUGUCCAUCUAUCCCGCACGCUCACGCACGCAGGAAAGGGCCACACAUUGAUGGCCUCCACAUGGAACACCCCAACCACGCUCUCGCACAUCUUGUCGACGUAUCGCGCUCCGACAAGUGACCAGAGGGGCGAGAUUCGCCGCUUCUACACCUUCGGCGGCGGGUUGAACGCGCACCCGAAUCUCUUGCACGGGGGCGUCAUCGCCACGAUCCUCGACAGCACGAUGGGCAAUGUGAUUGGGCAAGAGUUGCCCGCGGACGCUGCUACUUUCACGGUCAAGUUGACGGUCGAGUAUAAGAGGCCCGUAACCACGCCGGGGACGGUGAUGGCGCGGGCGUGGAUCGUCAGUGUUCAGCAACGGAAGGUGUGGGUUGAGGGGGUGGUCGAGGAUGGGAAGGGGAAUGUCCACGCGCGGGCUGAGGGUUUGUGGCUUCGAGGGAAAGGGAAAGGGAAGCUCUGA